AUGGCUGGAGUGAAUGUUUCGACUGAUGUCAUCAAACCAGUGGAACAUAUUGAUGACACAACAGUGGCUGAGAAAAUACAUUCAAAAGCUAGUGUUUUCCGAAAAUUGAAGAAAAGAAAUAGGGGUUCACGAAAAUCUUCUCCUUCUAAUGUUCGUAAACCACAACUCUCUCAUCAAGGAGUCAUUUUUCGAGAGGUUCCUGCCCCAGUUUCGCCUCAGUCCAACGAACGUAGAGCUGAAGACGUGGCCAAAUGUAUUUCAAAGAAGAAGAAAAGACAACAAAAGUUGGUUGUCCAAGAGGACUCAUCUGAAGAAGAAAUUGUUCCUGAAACACCAGAACCAAUUGUUUCUCAAUCGAGGGGAGGUGAAAGAAUUCAAGCAUUUGGUGAAAGAACGCCAUGUGUUAUUCGUUCAAGAUCUCAAGAACGCGAGGGAAUGUAA